GGUUUACGAUUUCCGCAAAAUUGACAGCUGCUUAACGUCAAAUGACCCUCGUUGACACGCUUCCUGUCUUCCUUCUCUCUUUUUCGCAACGUUAAGAUGGCUGAUCAGAAUAUCCGCGCGUUCCAAAAGCAGUUGGGUAUCAACCUAAACCGCAAGAAUGUUUCCAAGAAGAAGGGCCUGCGUAUGCACCGCAGCAUUGGUCUCGGCUUCAAAACCCCGAAAGAGGCCAUCACUGGAACGUACAUCGACAAGAAAUGCCCUUUCACCGGACAUAUUUCCAUCCGUGGUCGUAUUCUGACUGGCGUAGUUCGUAAAAUGAAGAUGCAUCGUACGAUCGUGAUUCGUCGUGAUUAUUUGCACUUUAUUCGCAAGUACGAUCGUUUCGAGAAGCGGCACAGGAACAUGAGCGUGCAUCUGUCGCCCUGUUUCCGUGACGUCGAAGCUGGAGAUAUCGUGACCGUUGGUGAAUGUCGACCACUCUCCAAAACCGUGCGCUUCAACGUGCUGAAGGUCAGCAAAAUGGCCGGAUCGAAGAAGAAGUUCAGCAAAUUCUAAGGUUAAUGCUGUUGGCGUGUGGUAUUCAUUCGCCCAUCGAUGAGGAAAGGAUGGAUGAGUUGGAGUGACGGAAUAAAGGAUGAAAACCAACUAAAAUCGUA